AUUCAUAAAACAGCUGUUGUAUGCAUUUUCCGCGAAAUUUAUUUCCUGAAUGCAUAAGUAAAAUAAGUUACCGCAAUGAGUGCAAUUAACUUCGAAAUACGUUUAAAUAAGGAAAAUAAAAUAUAUUAUGAAGGUGAAUUACUAAAGGGUUGCGUUCAUUUUAAUUGCACCACGGAAGCUAAACACGAAGGCAUACAACUUACGCUAGAAGGUAUAGUCAAUUUACAGCUAAGCACAAAAAACGUCGGUGUUUUUGAAGCUUUCUACAAUUCUGUCAAACCAAUAACACUAUUCAAUACAACACUUGAAUUGGCUGCGCCCGGUAAAUUGUCUGCAGGAAACUCGGAGUUCCAUUUCGAGCUCCCCUUAGUGUGUAACAAAGAACCGCGUGUGCUUUAUGAAACAUAUCAUGGAGUAUUUAUCAACAUUAACUACCUGCUACGUUGUGACGUGAAACGCAGCUUUUUGGCAAAAUCUCUACAGAAAAUACAACAGUUUUGCAUACAAAAUAAACCAAUUGCGGUAGACACAAAAACGCUGAUAUCGAGUGAGGUGAAUUUCAGCAUAAGCCCAGAAACAUUACAAAAGUCUGCAAAGGAACGUAUAAAUUUACCACGAUUUCUGAUCACUGGUAAACUAGAUCAGACUGAAUGUUGUGUAACACGGCCGUUGACUGGACAGUUAACAGUUCAACAUACUGAAGUGGCUAUAAAGUCAAUUGAAUUGCAAUUACUGCGUGUGGAGACAUGUGGUUGCACGGAGGGAUAUUCGAAAGAUGCCACAGAAAUUCAGACCAUACAAAUUGCAGACGGUAACAUUUGCCCGAAGCUCGAAAUACCUAUCUACAUGAUUCUACCACGUCUGUUCACAUGUCCAACAUUGAUUACAAAGAACUUUAAAAUAGAGUUUGAAUUAAAUCUGCUGGUAAUUUUUAAGGAUGACUAUGUAGUUACCGAAAACUUUCAAAUCGUCUUAAAACGCACAGCGCAGCAGUGUGAUAAAUUGAGUUGAACUAAUAUUUAAAACAAAUAACUACGCAUUUUCAUGCAUUCCCAAUGCAAAUAAUAUCAAUUUUGAAAAAAUACAUAUAUACAAGCAUAUAGGAACGUAAAAGAAGCAAUUAUAAUAAACUAAGUAUAUCCAAAUAUCAA